AUGGAUCAGUACAAGAUCCUGGGCAGGAUUGGUGAAGGUGCCCACGGAGUUGUUUUCAAGGCGAAACACGUCGAAAGUGGAGAUUUGGUGGCUUUGAAGAAAGUGCCGUUGAAAAAAAUCGAAGAAGGAAUUCCGAAUACCGCUCUGAGAGAAAUCAAAGCUCUCCAAGAAAUUGACGAGCAUGAGAAUGUCGUCAAAUUGCGUGAAGUUCUGCCCCAGGGAAUGGGUUUCGUACUUGUUUUUGAGUACAUGCUCUCAGAUCUGUCAGAAGUCAUCAAAAAUUACGAACAACCUUUGACUGAAGCUCAGAUAAAGAGCUACAUGGUUAUGUUGUUGAAAGGGGUGGCAUUCUGUCAUCAGAACAAUAUAAUGCACAGAGAUUUGAAACCAGCUAAUCUUCUAAUUAGCUCGUCUGGGCUUCUUAAGAUAGCAGAUUUUGGGUUGGCUAGGGUUUUCCAAAACCAUGCAGACAGAUUGUAUAGCCACCAGGUGGCCACCAGGUGGUACAGAUCACCAGAGUUACUGUUUGGUGCUCGUAAAUAUCGAGAAGGUGUUGAUUUGUGGGCUGUUGGGUGCAUCUUUGGUGAAAUGAUCAAUUGUUCCCCACUGUUUCCAGGGGAAACUGAUAUUGAACAAAUCUGUUGUGUUCUACGAAUUCUAGGAACACCCAAUGAAAAUUCUUGGCCCGAGAAAUCUGAUCUUCCUGAUUACAAUAAAAUAUCAUUUCCAGAUUAUCCUGCUGUCCCAUUUGAGAAUGUUCUACCUGAUGCUUCUACUGAUGCCCUCGGUCUCUUACAAAAAUUUCUCGUGUAUUCAUCAUCAAAGCGCAUAGCAGCUAAGGAGGCACUGUUACAUCCCUAUUUCUUCACACAUCCCUUGCCAUCACAUCACUCUGAACUUCCCAUCCCGACCAAACGACGAAACAUUUCUCAAAUUAAUGAAUAUGAUGUUGACGCACCUCUUGAUAACGUUCUCGUUAAUCCUGCACUUUUAUGUUAA